AUGGACGAAACUUUUACUCUUCCUGAACCCGGAGAAUGGAAUGUUGAACGUAAUUAUUGUGCAUCCGAAAUACUCUCAACUCUAGAAGAAUUAGAUCCAGAUAUUGCAUUUAUUCAAGAAAUAGAUAUAAAUUGUAAAAGAUCAGGAGAUAGAAAUCAUUUCAAAGAAAUUGCUUCCAAAUUAGGUUGGAAAGGUGGAUUUGUAUGUGAAUUCAUUGAAUUAGAAAGUGAAUUACGAACGGAAAUGGAUCAAGGUGGUGGUGUUCAUGGUAAUGCUAUUUUUACUAAACAUGAUAUAUCAUUUCGUGUGCUUGAUCAUGAACAUCAUCCUUUGGAUUGGGAAAAAAUGGGUGAGACAUUAUGUGAACCGAGAAAAGGAAGAUAUACUUUAGUUGCGGAAGUUGUGAUACCAAAAGAACCUCCAAUUUUAUGUUAUUGCGUUCACUUAGAGGUAUUCUGCGGUAUCAUUGGAAGAAUUAUUCAAUUUUCCGAAAUAUUAGAGGAUUCCGUUAAACACAUCAAAACUCAUCCAUAUCAAUUAAUCUUUGGAGAUUUAAAUACUAUGGGUCAUUCAAUUGCUCGAUUUUCUCGUUUGUAUUGUAAUGAUCGAUAUCGUUUUUUAUCAUUAGGUUUAACGGAAUCUGAAUGGUGGGAUAAUAAUUUAUUUGAUUGGCAUAUUAACGAUGGGGAUAUUAAUCUAAAGUUACAAUCAGGAGGAUUUAAAGUAUUGGAAUCGUUAUUCAAAAGAAGUUUCACUUUUAAAGUUUUACGAGCAUCUCGUAAUCCAGGAUUUUAUGAUCCUUGGUCACCUACAAAAGAUAUUACUUUUCAUAAUAAGAAUUAUUUAGGUUUAUAUUCCGCAAAACUUGAUUGGACAUUAAUAUGUAGAUUUAAUGUAAUUAAUAGAUGGAUUGGUAAUAAUGAUUAUUCUUCUUCUGAUCAUAAAUAUAUGAUGGUAGAAUUAGAGUUUGAUAAAUUAUCAGAUUUAUCUUUGAGAAAUUAUUGGGAGAUAAAAAGAAAUUUUUGGAAGAAAGAGUCAAAUUUAGUUGAUGAUAAAAAAGGUAAAAUAAGUUUAGAAGAAGUAAAUAAUGAAUCAAAUGACAGGUUGCCAUCACUAGGAGUUGAGAGUGAGUCCGGAACCAAUGGAAUGAAAUUCAUUCAAUUAUCACAUGAUCGUUAUCUUCAAACUUAG